GGACGCUGCGUUCUGAUCGAUCACCGAGUUCAAGGCAAAGGUUUAACAAAAAAUGGUUCGAGAUGCGGAUCGUACAAAUUUCUCUCGCACUUUCAAGUACUUAAUGGCGAUGCAGUUCUCAGCUAGGGGAAUCCCAUUUGUAGUCAAUACAUGGAUGGUGAGGCACAUUACUGUAGAGGACUAUGCGCUUUAUGCAAUCAGAUUUCAUCUUUUCAUCACUGUAAUCUUGUUUCUUAGUCGCGAAGGAUAUCGACAAGCAUGCAUGCGGGUGGACAUUCGUCGUUAUGAUGCUUUGAAUGGAGACGAUGUAGCAAAGCUAAUGAAGAUAACUUGGUGGAUUCUCCCACGUGGAAUAACUUUUACACUCUUUGCAUGCAUGUAUAUCUUCUGGUCAGAAGGACUAAGUUUUUCUCAUCCAAAUGCAAAAGCUUAUUUGAUUAUUGGUUUUUCUUGUAUAUUGGAGUUAUUGGCUGAACCCUUGUAUAUACUUUCUCAGAACUUGCAUCUCCUAGAACUGCGGUUAAUUGUUGAAACGGCAGCUACAAUUUUGCGUUGCCUAACAACCUACAUCCUCAUUGUCAAGGAAACUGGAAUGGAGAAAGGGCUUGUAUUUGCAUUUUCGCAAGUUGCAUAUGGGGUUUGCUUGUUUUUUGGUUAUUGGAGCUAUUUUCUUCUUUUUCGUGUAUUUAAGAUCUCUACACUUUUCCCUUUCAGAGUAGGAAAUCAGAUGGAUGAUGAUGGGCAGCUUUCUAGCAUGUGUGACUUGUUCAACUAUCAAUCUAUUUGGAAGUUUUUCCUUCAAGAAGGAGAAAAAAUCAUCCUUAUGUUCUUUGAUACACCAUAUAAUCAAGCUGUGUAUGGACUAAUAGACAAAUUUGGGAGCUUGGUGGUGAGGUUGGUGUUUCUUCCCUUUGAAGAAAGUUCAUAUACUACAUUUGCAAGGUGUGCAUCAGCAGGACAGGACCCAGAGGGAAUCAGAAUCAGGAAGUUAGGAAGUUGCCUCACAGAAGCGCUGAAGCUUAUUUUGUUAAUUGGUCUUGUGGUUGUGGCAUUUGGGCCAAAUUACUCUUACUCUCUCUUCAGACUGUUAUAUAACCGUGAAUGGAGCGAUGGAGAAGCACCUGCAGCUCUUCGAUGCUAUUGCCUUUAUGUUGUUGCUUUGGCUAUGAAUGGUACAUCUGAAGCAUUUCUACGCUCAGUGGCAACAAAAGAACAACUUGAGCAGUCAAAUAAGUCAUUGGUUGUGUUCUCAUGUAUUCACUUAGUCCUGAAUGUUUUCCUAGUGCAAUCUGCUGGUGCAGUCGGCUUAAUUGUUGCAAAUUCUCUAAAUAUGAUUUUGAGGAUUGGCUACUCUGUGAUAUUCAUCAAGAAUUACUUCCAGGGUUCUGCCUCAUUUUCUUUAUGCAGCUGCUUGCCUUCAGGUUGGAGAGCUCUGUUAUUUUCAUUCGUAACUACACUUAUUUCUGAGAGAAUAUUUCUGGACAGAGAGAACUUCUUGCCGACAUUUUUAAUUCAUUUUUCUAUUGGAUUGACUUGCUUCUGCAUCUCUUCCUUUGUCAUCUAUCGUAAUGAGAGGGCUCUUAUCAACAAAAUUAUCCGUUUACGGGAUCACUCGGACUAAGGAGCGGACACUUUCCUGACUGCCCUUAAAGGUUCCCCUGUUGGUAUGGAGGUAGAAUCAGUCUUACGCAGCUGAAACAAGAAGACUGGGGGAUUACAGCCAUGGAAUCCAUUGCAUAAUCUCAGUGAUGUUUCUGAUUGUACUAAUCUUGAAAAUAGUUUUACUUGUUUUAGAUUGGGUUUGUCCAUUUCAUAUAUAUAUAUAUAUACUCCAAUAUAAUCCUAGAGUCUUGCUAUUAUUCUUGUGGAGAAUUGGGUCGCCUUGGUUGUGAAUGGCAUGUAGUUGCAUUCAAUACCAUUAAAAUUUUGGUGACUCAAUGAGCUUAAAUGUUCUCUCUUUCAU